AUGUUAAACAAUCUCGAUAUCGGACUGGAACUUCAGAAGAUUCGUGGAGGCUCACUUUGCAAUAAUAUGAAUAUGUAUAUGUAUAUGAAAUAUGACUGCUUGAAUAACCAACAUCGGCCUCAGUGCAGAUGGAUAAAGAAUCUCAAGUACUAUGUCUAUUCAGCUCAUGAUACAACGGUCUAUGCUUUCCUAUCUGUUUUUGGAAUCGCGCCAAAAGUGGUCGUCGCCGGAGGAUACCCAGAUUAUACCGCAGCUACUUUUGUCGAGCUAUGGAUGAAUAAAACUGAUGGUGAACCUUACUUUAAGAUGUUGUAUCGUACUAGUGAUGUAAACAAUACGAUUUAUCCCGUUACGCACUUUAUAAAUGGAUGUGAUGGGAAAGAUUACUGUAAACUUGAUGUCUUUCAAUCAUUCGCUACAAGGUCGAAGCCAGACCGGGAUAUGAAUGAGGCAAGUGUUCCCAAUCUAUGA